AUGACGAGCCCAAAUUCUGAAGCGGCAUUCAACUAUAGUACGGUCGCUCGAUAUGCGAAGACUCUUGCCCCGCCUAGAAGAUCACCUCUUGCAGCCUACGCGCGCUCGCCUCGCGGCCAGGGUUGCAACCCGCUCACCAACGAUGUGUCAUGCUUUUCCGUGCCCUGUUUGCGUUCUGUGACACUACCGUCCAUCCGCCUCGCGCGAGUUUGCUGGCAGUGGCACGCUGUCGCACUCUCAGCCCUCUGGUCGUCCAUCAAGCCCGAGCAGGUCGCGAUCCAGUACAUCCUGAGCAAUGCGCUUGAAGUCUGUAGGGCGUGGGUUUCAUGGUCGCAUAGCCAUCUUGCGCGCGGCACGCUGCUGCUGGGAAUAAUUGCCAGCUUGUCGCCGUCAUACGCGAGGUCCAAGUCAGUUCGCAAGCGAGGGCUUUGAGAAGGGUCGUGUUUACGCUGGAGUCUCGCAUUCACCCUGCCGCUUGUCAUCACGAAUGUCCUGGCGACGACGCUCGUGAGCGCUUAGUCCGGGCCUACCGACGCGGCGUCGCUGUAUCACUUUGACCCUUCUCGGGCGGAAGCACGGUCGGAGGGUGUUCGUGUUGGCCGCAUCAGACGCGACUUCCACCACAGGGCUGCGUCCCAAAUGAAUACUUCUAUCCUCGAGUCUGGUGUAGUAGUAUCCUGUCUCAUGUGUACCAACAUAGUCGUACUCGAAGCCUAUGCGCCACCCAUGACCAACGUGAUAUGA